ACCUUGGUGGAUCAGCGACGCGAUGCCUCUCUCGCUGCACGAAGCCCUGCUGAAUCCCAAAACACUACGAGAACUGCAGCUGAACCCUAAGACUUUUAAGUUUCGUCAAGCGGUGGAGCUGAAGGUCGCCGGAGAGAGCUCAGCCUUCAUGAACUUCCGCCCAGAUCCGGCCAUGGAGGGUCGAAGCAUAAUGGGCGGCCCCGUGGGAAAUCUGGUCAGCUACUUGGCCAGGGCUCUGAAUUUCACGUAGGCCAGAAGCUUCCCGGUAGUCCCUGUAUGAUUAACAAUGAAGAACAGUUUGUUAACUACGCUUAGAGAAAUAUUUUACAUAUAUAUUUACAAUUUUUUUCCUGGGUGUAAAACUGUAGAAUACCCAAAGCACAGUUUAUGUUAAAGAUAAGGAAAAUAAAAGGCUAGAUUCUGUUUUCAGGUGGUACCCGGUACGGCCGGCUGACGCAACCUUUGGUUCGAAGAUGCCAAACGGAAGCUGGUCUGGCGUUAUGGGAUUAGUCAACAGGGGGGAGGCAGACAUGGGCUACGGACCUCUCCUGAUGUCACUUGAGAGAAGCGAAGGCGUAGACUUCGGUGACACGCUGAUGUUUUUUAAUUUCAAAGUCAUGUCCGGCAGAGGAAGCCCCGAGAUGAACCCCUGGGGCUUUCUGUACCCCCUUACCCCCUUGGUGUGGCUGGGCCUCUUUGCUGCCUUGGUGUGUGUGUGGUUGUCUUCGGUGCUGCUGCUUAACCAUGCCUUGAGGUCCUCGUGGUUCGAUCGGGUGGUUGGCCAGUUCACCAUUCAUAUCCGCGUUCUCCUACGCCAAGAUCUACCCAAACGGUUUUCCCACGGGCGUGAAAUGGCCUUGGUUGGCAGCUGGAUGAUGGUAACCAUGAUCGUCGUUAUGGGCUACUCGAGCACCCUGGUCUCGCUCUUGGCCGCCAGGAACAUCCCGCAGCCGAUCCAGUCUCUGUCGGAUCUUGUUCAGUCCGACAACGUUGUGAUCCUGAAACCGAACAGCGGGUCGACGACUUACGUUCUUAGCUCGACGUCGGGCAUCUACAAAGAGCUGGGGGACCUGCGCCACAAGAACAGGAUGGCUUUCAUCAAGUCGAAGGACAGGGGCACGGCGAUCGACACCCUGGUCCGCGAAGGUCAUCACUCCUUGUAUGACGUGGAUUUCAGCUUAGCUAAUCUCAUAUCGGAUGACUUCUCCAUAAUGGGGCGCUGCGAUUUCUACCUGAGUCGCGAGUCCAGCCUGGCGAGUCCGGCGAGCGUGGGUGUGACCCCGGGGAGCCCCAUCCUUCCGGCCCUCAACCACAGGAUCCACAACGUGCUGGCGGCCGGCCUCUUCGACUACUGGCUAGGGCAGGCCAUCAGGAACUCGACCGUCUGCCGCAAGGCGCCCAACACCAUCACUGUGCGGGCGCCGCUCUCCCUCAAGGUCUGCUGGGGAAUGUUUACCGUGUGGGGGGUCGGGCUCCUCUUGGCCCUGCUUACCUUCAGCCUGGAAAUCGUCGUUGCCAACGCCUUCGCAGGCCGCGCUCCGCCCUCAUCGGGAAAUGUGGAGUGAUGCAUUGGUCAAAUGAUAUACGUACACA